CAGAUCUAUGCGAUCUAACUCAGCCAUAAUUGUGAAAACAUGUGACUUUUGUGAUUAGGUAAUGUAACAGUAAUCAAUUUUUAUUCAAGGUCGAGGUACUUCUGGCUCUGCGGCUCGCGUCUUUAUUUUAGAAUUUUCAGCCCAGAUGUGAAAAUCGUCCUUCAAUAACCACAUUCAGAUACCUGUGACCUUGCGCCGCCUGGUUCAAUCUCACCUGGGCGGGAGGACGGCUUAUUCACAAUGUCGCCAUCAGUGGGAGUCUCAGCUCUUGACGAGACGGUCAGCAAGAACGCUUCAGAGACCUAUUUGCACCAUAAAGAGCCACACAACCACAACCAUCGACGAAGAGUGUCGAUAGCUAGUUUGAAGGCGCCAGACUCGGCCUCAUUAUUCGCACAGGUCAAAUCUCGGCAUGAGAGAACGGAGCUGGAACUGGUUGACGUCUGGACUACGAUGAUCCCGGCCAAAAUCGCAACUACAGUCGUCUCCCAACUGAAACAAAAGCUACCUAAGGACCCGCACACACUCAUGCACCUGCGACGACUUGUGAAAGAUGAUCUUCCACCCAGAGAUGAAUCCGGGGUACUACUAUCUUUAUUGAUAUGUUCAGUGGACGCUGUUCCCUCGGAAGAUGAUGUCCGUGCUCUGUUAGAUCCAUUGAGUGAGCUUGUAACUACACCAACCCCCGAUGAGAGACUGUUUGUACCUACCAUCAAGCACGCACCGGCGUUCGCAGCGCCGACGAAAGAGCAAUCGAAAGAAUGGUCAGAGGGAACAUGGCCCAUUAUGUGGAGAGGAAACCCCCAUUUGAUCGUCUCGGAACUACCACAAGAAGAUGAAGAAGAGCUGAAAGGCCAUCUUGAACGUUUACUCGAUCUUACAGAAGAAGCUCACAAUGCUGGCGAGAUCCCCAUUGCUACAAUAAUCACUGAUCCAGAGACAAGACAAGUAGUCGCGUCUUCAAUCGAUACCCGGAACUCUUCCCGAAAUCCACUGUCACACAGCGUGAUGUCUUGCAUAGCCAAGGUCGCUGCCGCGGAACUAGCCAGGCGAAAUGCCGUGGCUGAAAUGUCGAACAGUCAAGAAGAUGCUUCGAACCAAGCUUACCUAUGCCAUAACUUACAACUGAUCACAACCCACGAACCAUGCGCGAUGUGCUGCAUGGCUAUGGUCCACUCACGCAUCUCGAGGCUGGUGUAUGUCCAGAAUAUGCCACGAUCUGGUGGAAUAGAUCGGAAUAGCGGGCCGGGAUACGGAAUACAUUGGAACAAGCACCUAAACUGGCGAUUUGAAGCCUGGGGGUGGAAUUUCGAGGAUAUCCUGAUGUACGACGUCGAUGAGAAUAUCAAUGCUUGAGUUUCACCGAACUCCUGGGGCGUACUUAAAAGUACUGGUGGAACCAGACAACUGUAAUAUACGAUGACUUGAUGGAUGGACUGUGUUUUUGGUUUUUGUACAUAUCAUUAAUAGGGCAGGAUUAUGAAUAGACGCACUAAU